AUGACCCAUGAAUGCGAAUAUCCUCCCUCAGUUUGCGUAGUUCAGAGUUUUAUAGGGACCACUGGGUUAAUUUCGUCCUUCAUCUGGACGAUAAUCAUAGCCUGGGAAGUCAGAGAAUCACUUCUGAAAAAUUCGCCAAGCUGGAUGGAUAGGUUUCAAUGGAUAUUGCACGUCAUCGCAUGGGGUGUUCCACUCACCGUGACCGCCAUAAUAGCCCGAUACCAGCGCCUCGGUUUCAUCUACUCCCCAGACCGCAGUAUAGGGGGCACUGCAUUCACCGCAGGAUGGUGCUGGAUUAAGAUCUGCCAGGCAGACUUCGACCGACAUGACCUAGGUUUAAUGGUGGGACUACCUCUGGCAGCGGGUAAGGUUUGGGAAAUCUUCGUCUACUUCACCGUGCCGGUAAUUUACACUGCUCUUCGCUGGAAUCUGAAAUCCACGAUCCGCCAAACAGAAUCUAUGUACGUGGACCGAGCUACCCAAGACGCCGUGAGUCGGGCUGACCGCGUCAUGAAAGCCAUUCCUAUCAUUUUUAUAUUCUUACGCAUUUGGGGGACCAUACGAUUUGUGGCUAACAGCUGCUAUUGGGUAGUGUAUGGGGCAGUAGAGAAUCCUACAUUCCACACUGUCGUCAACGUGGUAUUAGCAGUAUUUCAGGCAUUCGGCGACAAUGGACAGGGCAUUGGCAACUGCCUCAUUUAUUGCUUCCUCACCGAUUCAGUGCGCGUCCGGAUAUGUGCCGUCUGUGGCCUCCGCCCCGAGACCGCCGACUUCGACUCCAUCAGAGACUCGUUAAGCGCGGCCAUCUUAGAUCACACAGAGCCGAGCAGUGGUGUUGAGAUAGCUCGAGGAUCGAGUCACAGUCGCAGGUCCACACCUCUCAGUUCGAAAGGUUCCACCUUCGCUAAAAAUACGCCCGAGGAUAUUUUCAUAGUAGGAACGCCGACUAGUUUAAACGCAGACACCUGA